UCUUUGUUUUUUCUGUCUUGUCAGAAUUUGUGUUAAGUUGUUUUGGGAUCGAUUACUUGAGCUUAUCAAAGACGGCGUUGAUUAAACGAAAUUCAAUAUCUAGUUAUAUUAGGCACUUGUCUCUAAUAACGACUAAAUUGGCAGUGAUGAGUGAGAAAGAAACACCGGGAACUUCAAAAAAGCAAGGCGAAGAUGGACCACGAAACCAGAGUAAGCAUUCUGAAAGCCUUGUGGAUGCCCAGGCAACGAGUGAAAGAUUGGAAUCCAUUCGGACGAACUUAAACAGCCUCUUUUCUAGGCUCACUCUGCAUGCUGCUAGUGACAACCUGCUGGCACAACAAUCCGGCCAGGUCUUGGAAGAUUUAACUUUUGAAAGCUUCCUGAAACAUUGGAAAGACAACGGAUUUAAAAGAAUUAUUACCAUGGUUGGUGCCGGAAUAUCUACUUCUUCUGGCAUACCGGAUUUUCGCUCACCUGGUUCGGGCCUGUAUGACAACUUGCAAAAAUAUAAUUUACCGCAUCCGACCGAUAUAUUUGAAUUGGAUUACUUCAUGGGUAAUCCAAAGCCCUUUUUUACUUUGGCCAAAGAACUUUAUCCUGGACAUUAUAUCCCAUCACCGGCGCAUUAUUUUAUACGUUUAUUAAAUGAUAAAAACUUGUUAACCCGGCAUUAUACGCAGAAUAUUGACUGUCUAGAGCGUUUAGCAGGUAUACCAGAAGAGAAAUUGGUCGAGGCACAUGGCACAUUUCAUACAAACCAUUGCGUCGACUGCAACAAAUUUUAUACGAAAGAAUGGUUGAAGGAAAAAAUAUUUGGUGACAUUUUGCCAGUAUGCGAAGAGUGUAAUGGUAUUGUUAAACCGGAUAUCGUUUUUUUCGGCGAAAAUAUGCCAGAUCAUUUUUACACCAAGCCCCUGGAAGAUUUUGCCGAUUGCGACCUUUUGAUUAUUAUGGGUACAUCUUUGGAAGUGUAUCCCUUCGCUUCAUUGGUUGCUAACGUUAAACCGAAUUGUAUACGCGUGCUUAUAAAUAGAGUGGCUAUUGAUAAAUUUUCGGGUCCGGAUAAGAAACGCGAUAUAACGUUUUUAGGUGACUGUGACGAUGCUGUAUGGCAAAUGGCCGACGUAUUAGGUUGGACAAAUGAAUUGAAGGAUUUGUGGAAACGAGAAAGCAGUCUAUUUGAACAAGCUCGAAAGAAAUCGGAUACCAAUGCCGACCAAGAAGCUAAAAGUCCGAGAAUAAGUAAAAAGAAUUCACGGUAAAUACCACAAGCGUAUAGAUUAUUAAAAUUAGUAGUAAAACUGGGGUGGUGCAAUAGAUUUAUAAACAUGGAAAAGUUAAACAAUUGGUGGAUAUAAUCUAGUAGAAAAAUAUAUUGACAUCUAUAUCUAUAGCUCUCGGCAAUAACUACACAACUCAAAAUUCAGAAAAUAAAAACUCAUUACUGUUACGUGACCCUAAUCCUUGCGUAAUCCAUGUCUUAUAUUUACUACUUACUGUAGUAAUCCUUACUACUUUAGUAAGGAUUAGAAAUUAAUUAGAUUAAGGCAUUUUGUUUUUUGAAAUUUGAACUGCGUCGUUAUUGCAGAGGACCAUCGAUAUAUACAGAUAUGUAUAUGUAUAUAGAAAUAGAAAAUUAUUGUGGUUUUCACACUUGCCUAGUUAUCAGGUUAUCUGGUGAAAAAAUAUUGUGUCGUGUAUUUUAUUGUUGUAAACUGAAAAAAAAAAUAUAACCACA